GGGCUGAUGGGAGUUGCAGUCCAAUAACAUCAUGAGGGCUGCACCUUGCCCUCCCUUGUCCUGUGUAUUUCCCUCCUUAUAAAUGUAGCUGUAACUUUAACAAUCAAACAAAACAUACAUACACCUUUGUCUUGCAUUGCCCAGCAGCUCUGUUAUGUACAAGUUUACCUAUGGGAUUCAAAUGAGAUGCAACUUCUUUGUGAUAGUAAUCAAGACAUUAAUAAUUCUUAGCAGUUCUAUAGAGAAUUAUUAUUAUUAUUAUUAUUAUUAUUAUUAUUAUUAAAAAGUGUUCAGAACAGUUUAUGUUGGUGGGAACAGGAUUGCUGCCUUAUGACCAGUUUAUCCAGUCAAGUGCAUAUGUCAGUAAAUUCUAGGUGUUUUGAUAACUGGUUGUUGGAAGAGUUGUGUUAGUUUGAAUAACCAAAAAUGUUCCUGAUACCUAAUAUGUUGUGCAGCAUGAUCUUUAGCUUUUUGUUUAAGAUACAGUGUACCUUUGCUCUCUCCAAAAAAAAAAAAAAAGGAGCAUAAGGAAUCUAGUGUUUCAAUCUGCAGAGUUAAAAGUUUAUUUAUUUAAAUUUAGUUUGCUUUAAGAACUGCUAAUAAUGAUCUUUUUUAGGUUUUUUGUCUUGGUAAGAAACACCUCUUUCACUGAUUCACUUGCAAGAUCUCUGUGUAUUGUGAGAGGUGGGUGAAAGGUAGAACUGGAUGUCUUGCAGAACAGUAUUAAGCCAUUUGGUGUCUUUUUGUGUUUGUUUGUUUACAGAUAAGUGACUUCAGAAGCCAGAUGCCUUGAAUAUUAUUCCAUAUUUUUUUUUUACUGUUGCCUUGGUUGAAGACUGAAACACUACUGAAAUGCAUCAGAAACUUCUGAAGAGUGCUCAUUACAUUGAGCUGGGGAGCUAUCAGUACUGGCCUGUUUUGGUGCCUCGAGGAAUUCGGCUAUACACUUACGAACAGAUCCCAGUAUUUCUUAAGGACAAUCCUUACAUCACAGAUGGCUACAGAGCCUACUUGCCUUCCAGGCUGUGCAUAAAAAGCCUGUUCAUUUUAUCCAAUGAGACAGUCAACAUCUGGAGUCACUUACUUGGCUUCUUCCUCUUCUUCACUUUGGGCAUAUAUGACAUGACUUCUGUAUUGCCUUUGGCAAGUGCCUCCAGAGAAGAUUUUGUGAUUUGUUCUGUUUGUCUCUUCUGCUUUCAAGUCUGUAUGCUUUGCUCAGUAGGGUAUCACCUCUUCUGUUGUCAUCGCUCAGAGAAGACAAGUCGACGAUGGAUGGCACUGGAUUAUGCAGGAAUUUCUAUUGGUAUCCUGGGCUGUUAUGUGUCUGGAGUCUUUUACGCAUUUUAUUGCAAUAAUUACUGGCGUCAAGUGUACUUGAUCACUGUCCUCGCCAUGAUAUUGGCAGUAUUCUUUGCUCAGAUCCACCCAAGUUACCUCACUCAGCAGUGGCAAAGGCUACGCUCAGUCAUCUUCUGCUCUGUAUCAGGCUAUGGCAUCAUUCCUACCAUCCAUUGGAUUUGUCUCAAUGGAGGUGUCACUGCAUCUAUUGUACAGGAAUUUGCCCCCCGUGUGAUUGUGAUGUACUUGAUAGCCACAGUAGCAUUUCUCUUCUACAUUUCCAAAGUCCCAGAAAGAUAUUUUCCAGAAUUUUGUCCAUGCACCGAAGUUGUGACAAUGAAUGUGUUGAUCACACACAGUGUGCAGCCUAAAGUGGCUGAUCCUAUGAAUCUUCUCUCCAUUAUGGAUGGUAUGCUAAUAGACAUUCCCGAGCCAGUUGAACAGCCAAAUAACUUUCUGUUCAAAUGCGGACAGUGAAGUAAUUCAUGUCACCCUGUAUCGGGGUAAUAGAGCUGGAACUUAUAGAUAUGUACAUGGAGCACUUUUAUUCAAGCUACUGAUACACUGAGUUUGGCCUGAGCAUGGUCAUAUUCUAAUAAGCUGAGGAAAUGUUCUCUAAAAUGCAUGCAUAUGAAAUUCCUCUGAUGAAUUUUAAUUCUGGAACCUCACCUUGGAAUGUGAAAAAUCCAUGUUGUCUGCUGUAUCUUUUUAAUGUGUUCUGUGUCCAUAUACUAACGUUUGCUCUUGUAAAACUGAAUGGAUUUUUAUUUGAUGUUCUCUCUACUUCCCUGAGUAUCUGCUGUGGUUUUCUUCAGUGGUAACUCAACAAGUUAAUCAUAUCUUGGAAAGAGAAGUUGGACUCCACCAGAAAUUUUAGAUUGCAAGUUGUUCUAACAAGUCUUUCAUCAAUAAGCCAGAAGUUUGUAGCUGAAGUAUACACUCCCAAAUUACCAUAAACUUGCACUGAAUCCCACUUUCAAAUAGAUAAUGAACAUUUCAUCUACUAGUAUCCUACACAAGCCACAUUCUGUUAUUUUUUGCAGGAUGGCACUUACCUGCUGCCAAGUGCCUGAGCAGUUAUUCCCCGCCUUAUUCUUUCUGAAGCUAGGGGGAGACAUGGCAGUAGACCACUGCCUAUGGGGAGAGGAGUUCAUUUAUUUUGCAACAGUUUGGGGUUUGGCUAGUGAAUUGGCCACCUCCAUUUUGAGGUUCCAGCUGCCACUUCUCUGCAAACUGAUGGUGAGCGAUUUAUAGAAGCAGGUAGAGGAAGAGGUAUCUAAACUAGUACCCUUCCCUCAGCUUGUUAAACACUAGUAUAAAACUGUGGAAUGAGGAAGGCAAGUAUGGUAAGGGGCAAGCCCUAAAUAGCAACUGAUAAAAUCUAUGAAAUUAGGGGAGGUCAUAUUUUUUCAUGUUGAGAUGCAUUUCCUCAGGGAUAACCUCAGAGGUCCUGUGCUGGUAGCAAGUAAGGCCCAUGCCAAAAAUAUGGGACUUCACACCCUUUCCACUCCAUCUAGCAGAUUGUUAAGGGAAGGACAAAUUGCUUGUGCAGAAUUUUUGAAUCUAGAUUGAGGGCUGUAUCAGAUCUCACUUUCCCACAUGUCUUAAAAAAUAAGUGUUCCUCUUCCUAUUUCAGUUCAGUACUGUUUUGCCAUGGAAAAACAGGGUUUCAGGAAGCAAGAAAUGUAGUCUUCAGACCUUAAUAUGGCCAUAGUUCAGGAUGUGGGGUCAUGCUUGCCUUUCAACAUGUUUUUGAUUUAUAGAGUAUUAGUGGCCUGUUUUUUUCUGUUGAACAGCUAUUUGAUCUUGCUUUUUUAAUAUUUCUAAACAGGAAAAUAGGUCCUAGGAUAUUGGAGUAGCAGCUUAUCAGCUGGUUGGAAAAACCUCUUUCUAACCACAGGUUAGUAUACUACAGCACCAGGACUUGCCUGUAGAACCAACAACCUCCUUGUCGUGUAGCAGUUAAGGUUUUUUUUAACAGCCUCCAUUGGCACCAGUUGAUUUUUUGAAAGGCUUAACUGCAUCAUGGGUGUGAUCCAAGUGGCACUGGGCUUUUUUUAAAAAAAGCAUAACCUCCUGUUCCCCACGUGCCACAACCACCACUCCAUGCACCAACGGGAAUUUUGACAAAGCCUUAUUCUGCUAGCGGUGGGAGAAUGGCACUUAGGCAAGAACAAGAAUUAGAGAAUGGUGUUAGAAGAGAGUGCACCCACCCUAACAAUUUUUACUAGAGGGGAAAACAUCCCCAUCUUCAGAAGAUGUAGCUACAGGAGCAAGCCUCUAUAUUGUACCUAUAAUAUAAAACAGUCUUUGGUUUAAGUAUUUAUGCAUUCAAACCUCCAUUCACACUGAAACCUCUGCACAUGAUGUUAAGAAAAUCCAGUCUUCAACCCAUCUCCCAUGCCUUUUGUAUUUUAAACAGGAACAGAAAAUUAUCGAUGUCCAAAUUUAAAAAAAAAAAUUGGCUGAUUCAUUAUGAAGAGUGUUGACCUAGAAGCCUAUUUGGCUAAAAGUUUGUAAAUUACUGUGUGAGAAGAUCAGAACCAGAGUUCUCCAUGAGCGAGUAUAACUGGAAGUACGAAAGUCCUCUUAGCACUUGGCUGGCUCCAGGCAUGAACUAGGUAUUUUCUCUCUCAAGCCCAUGAAAGAUUUUUCUCUCUCACUGCCUUUUAGAACAGUGUUUGCAUUGUAACUACUGAUCCCUUAUUCAGGUGCAGUUAACACUGAGUAGUAGAUGAUUUAAUAGUUUCCUUUUAAAUUGUGGUCACUUCUCUCCUAGUCCCUCUUCCUUAGCAUGUUAAUGUCAGUAUUACAAGCAAUGUCCCCCUUUUGUGUACUGUAAAUGUGCUUUAUUGAGCAAACCAAGGCCCGUUAUAGACGGGCUAAAAAGUACACGCAGAGCACGUACUAGGGUUAAGACGGGGCGGUGCUUCUGCACUGUCCUAACCCUAGUGCGCGCUGUGCGCGCACAAAAUGACGACAGCCAUUCCA